AUGACUUGUACAGUUCCUACUUCAAUUGGGCCUUAUCAAUUCAUAAGUAAAGUCGGAGAAGGCUCUUUUGCAGAAGUUUGGAAAGGCCAGCAUAUCAAAUCACAACUCAAAGUUGCGAUUAAAGUUAUUAAUAAAGCAAAAUUUAAAGAACCGAAACAUUUCACAAGAUUCAACCGCGAAGUUGCUAUUAUGAAACAAAUUGAGCAUCCUCUAAUAGCCCAAAUAUACCAAAUCAUGGAAGACGAAAAUAAUCACUAUUUAAUCAUGGAGUUUGCCGAAGGAGAGAAUUUACUUCAGUACAUCAAUGCAGAUGGUAAAUUAGCAGAACCUCUUGCACGCCAAUAUUUUAUUCAACUCAUUUCGGUUGUAGAAUAUCUUCAUAAGGAAAAGAACAUUAUUCACCGAGAUUUAAAGGCCGAAAAUGUACUUCUUGACAGGAAUUAUAAUAUUCGACUUAUUGAUUUCGGUCUUAGUAACUCUUUUUCCUUGGAUCAUUUGAAUCUUGAAACAGCAUGUGGAUCACCAGGAUAUCUACCACCUGAAAUGAUUAAAGGACAAACUCAUACUACAGCAGCCGACAUAUGGAGUCUUGGCGUUCUACUUUACUGCAUUGUUGUUGGACAUCUUCCAUUUGAGGACCCACAGAUCCCGAAAAUCCUGGACAAAAUUGUCAAAACCAAUCCAUUUUAUCCUCGUACUUUAUCAGCUGAUCUCUCAACUCUACUGAAAAGAAUGUUAAAUAAAGAUCCAGAUCAAAGAAUUACUUUAGAUGAAAUUAAACAGCACCCCUGGUUCUCUGUUGAUGCGUAUAAGUAUGUAAAUGAACGUCUUUCAAGAACUCUUCCGAUUACUUCUCCUGGAGAAUUUUCAAUUAUAUCUAAGUUCCAAUUAAACGAAGAUGUCUGCCAGAAAAUGAAAGAGGAAGGUUUCAACUCUGAUGGUAUGGAAAACAGGCUGUUAACCCGCGAAUUCGAUGAGGAAAGCGCGAUUUAUUUGAUGAUGGCCAAAGAUCGCUUCACUGAUGAGAUAAAGGAUAUAAGAGACGUUGGAAUAAGGAUUGAUGGGAAGCGUGUAACUAGUUUCUUGAGAACUAGGGCUCCUUCUUUCGGAAGUGCUUCUGCAAUUCAAAGUAUGAAUGAUCCAAACAAGCAUUUGAUUGCGCCACGUGUAAUGGCACGACCAAAGCAAGCCAUCAAGCCUCUUAGUUCUAAUUUUUAA